AUGUAUUUUGGGUGUUUAGCUGUUUUAUGGCUGUUUGUGCUGCAAGAAACUCUAAUAUUCGCCGCGGGUGGGAGCGACGUUUUGGAGUUUGGAGACGCGGAUUUUGAGCGAAGAGUAGCCGAGCAUGACACACUGCUGGUGGAGUUCUUCGCUCCGUGGUGUGGUCACUGUAAGAGGUUAGCGCCCGAAUACGAAGCUGCCGCCACUAGGCUAAAGGCCGCGGUGCCCCUGGUGAAGGUGGACUGCACUGCCAACUCUGAGACCUGUGAGAAGUUUGGGGUGAACGGAUAUCCUACUCUGAAGAUCUUUCGGAAUGGAGAGGAGGCGUCUUCGUACGAGGGUCCCCAUACAGCAGAUGGCAUUGUGAGUUAUAUGAAGAAGCAGGCUGGCCCGAGCUCUCUGGCAUUACACGCUGAAGCCGAUUUGGACUCUUUCAUAGACAGUUUUGAUGCCAGUGUGGUGGGCUUCUUCUCCGGAGCCGACAGUCCGCAGCUUGCCGAGUUCCUGAAGGUCUCCGGGGCGCUGAGGGAACGCUAUCGAUUUGCCCACACUACUGGGUUUGGAGUCGGAUUAAAACACAAUGUGGACAAAGAAUUAGUCCUGCUGUUUCGACCCCCGCACCUGAACAGCAUGUUCGAGCAGAGUGUGGUGAGGUUUACUGAUACCUUCUCGACGUCCUCGCUGCGUACGUUCAUCAGUGAAAACGUUUUUGGCCUCUGCCCUCAUCUAAACUCUGAGAACAGAGACGGUCUGAGGGCGAAAGAUCUGCUCAUAACCUAUUUCGGCGUCGAUUACGCGCGCAAUGCGAAGGGGACGAAUUACUGGCGGAACAGGGUCAUGAAGGUGGCGACUCAGUUCCAGUCCCGUGGCCUGAGCUUCGCCGUGGCGGACCGGGAGGAGUUUCAGGACGAGCUGGAGGAGGAUUUCGGACUGACGCCGUCUGAUAAAGGAGAGCUGCCUGUUGUCAUCAUCAGGACCACAGCGGGACAUAAGUACAUCAUGCACGAGGAGUUCACGAGGGAUGGUAAAUCUCUGGGAAGAUUCCUGGACGAUUACUUUGCCAAUCGGUUAAAACGAUACAUCAAGUCCGAGCCCGUCCCGCAGUCCAACAGCGGUCCGGUCAAGGUUGUGGUGGCUGAAACCUUCGAUGAGAUUGUAAACGAUCCGGAUAAAGACGUGCUGGUGGAGUUUUACGCUCCGUGGUGUGGUCACUGUAAAAAUCUGGAGCCCAAAUAUGCUGAGCUUGGAGAGAAGCUGUCUGGUGAUUCCAACAUUGUCAUUGCUAAAAUGGACGCCACUGCCAACGACGUUCCUCCGGAUUAUGACGUACAAGGCUUCCCGACUAUUUACUUUGUACCUGCUGGACAAAAAGACCAGCCACGGCGAUACGACGGUGGACGUGAGGUUAACGACUUCAUCAGCUACCUGAAGCAGGAGGCGACAAACCCUCUGGUUCUUGGCACUCCAAGGGACGACCUGUAAAUCUGACAUCGUCUAAAAAAAAAACGACAGGGAAGAGGAAAGUCCCGAGCGUGGAGCUAUAAGCUAAUAAUGUUUGAGCUGUGGUCCUUUGUGUAAAAAAUAAAUAAUAUUAGGAUGUACUGAA